AAAAUCUAAGCGAACCCAACCACCUAUUAACCGCCUCAUUUAUACCUCUUCACACUCUGCCCUAUAUUCAUAUUCUUUUCUUGCUAGCAUGCUCUAUUCUUGUCCACGUUUAUAAGCCUAGUUAAUCUCUCUCUCUCUCUACCCCCUAAUUUCACAACUAUACAAAUCAUGGACUUAGAUUUUGUGGGAUUAGAGGACUGGGAGCUUCUUCCCUCCUCAGAUUCUAAUCCUGUUGAAGAUAUUAAGGGGUUUCAAGUGAUAGACAAUGAUUCUGGAGUGUUGAUUAGGCCUGAUUAUUUUGAUUCAAGGAGUGAGUAUUUGAAGAGUAAUCAAGAAAGUUCUGGGGCUCAGUCCCUGAAGAGAGUAGGCGAUGAAGAGAGUGGAAUUGGAGUGGGUUUUGAUGGGGUUGAAGAAAUUGAUUUGGGUGGUGCUGAAAAUGAAAGAAUUGAGGUGGGAUUUGUUGAAAAGAGUGAACUUGAAGUGGGUUUUGAUUGGGUUGGAGAAACUGUAUCUAGGGAUUUGGGUGGUGUUGAAAGUGAAAAAUAUGAUCUGGGUUUGAUGAAAAAGAGUGAACUUGAAGUGGGUUUUGAUGGGGUUGGAGAGACUGCGGUUAGGGAAUUGGGUUUUGCUGAAAAUGAAAAAAAUGAACUUCAACAGGGUGAAAUGGGUGAAGAAGUUGUAGGUAGGGAUUUAGGAGUUGAUGAGAGUGAGAAAACUGAAGUGGGAUUGGUUGGAGGUGUUGAUGAGAGUGAGAAUUCAGGUAUUCUUUUGUCUGAUUUCAUUGGAGUUGAGGGGAAUUCUGAGAUGAGUGACGGGGCUGACUCGAAUUUCCGAGAUGAGUUGGUUUUGGGAGGGGGUGGUCAAGGUGAUAAGCAUUGUGAUGAUGUGGAUAUUGUUAGAGGGGAAAGGGAAUCAGGUGGAGAAGUGGAGAAGAGAUAUAUGGUUUGGUGGAAGCUUCCAUUUGAGUUUUUGAAAUAUUUUGUGCUUAGGACUAGUCCUGUCUGGACUGUUUCCAUGGCUGCAGCUGUAAUGGGUUUUGUUAUUCUGGGACGUCGUUAUUAUAGUAUGAAGCGGAAGAGCAGGAGUGUGCAGGUGAAGGUUACUAUGGAUGAUAAGAAGAUAUCUCAGUUCAAAAGUCGAGUUGUACGAUUAAACGAGGCAUUCUCAGUAGUGAAGCAUGUCCCCAUAAUUCGACAUUCACUGCCAGCUGCUGGUGUGACACCAUGGCCUGCGAUGACAUUGAGAUGAAGCUGAUUACGGUAUAGGUUGAAGUGUGGAGCAUGUAUCUAAUAUAUAAUAUAAUAUAUAUUUUUUCCGUUUUUCUUUCCUUCCAAAUUUGAGCUUCCUUGGCUUUUGGUUUGUAUUUUUUCUUUUAUUUUCUGAAUUGAACUUCAAUUAGGGAGAGAUUCUGUUUAAAAGUUAAUACUUUGUGUAAACUUAUUAAUAUAAUGUGUUUUUCUACUUGUCUUAUCA